AUGACGGUGGACGCAAAUGCCGCCUCCAGCACUACAACGACUACAGAUUAUUAUUUUGAUUCUUACAGCCAUUAUGGAAUUCACAUGGAAAUGUUGAAGGAUUGCCAUCGCACCACAUCAUAUCGUGAUGCCAUGUGGCGUAAUGCGUACCUUUUUAAGGACAAGGUUGUGCUUGAUGUUGGUUGCGGGACGGGAAUCCUUUCUAUGUUUGCUGCAAAAGCGGGUGCGCGGAAGGUGAUUGGGGUCGACUGCAGUACUGUUGCCGUGCAAGCGAGGGAAAUUGUAAGAGAUAACGGUUUUGAGGAUGUUAUUACAAUAAUUCAAGGUAAGGUUGAGGAAAUACAAUUGGAUGAGAAGGUGGAUAUUAUUAUUAGUGAAUGGAUGGGUUACUUCCUACUUUAUGAGUCUAUGUUAAACACCGUUUUGUACGCUCGUGAUAAUUUGGGUACUCCUGAUGUGAAGAUGUUCCCGGAUAAAGCUAACAUGCACGUAUGCGGCAUUACUGACGAGCAGUACAUCCAAGAACGCUUCAACAUUUGGGACAAUGUGCAGGGAAUUGACUUUUCCUACUUCAAACGCCUAAGUUUCAUUGAGCCGCUUGUGGACACGGUGGAACGAUCACAAAUUGUUACCAAUGUAGCACCUCUCGUUUCAUUUGACAUCAAUACCGUAAAAGAAGCGGAUCUUAGCUUCACAUCGGAGUUUGCACUUGAGGCACAGGCCUCCCGCGGAAAGCGUAAUGGUGGUAAUAGCAUUAUUUAUGUUCAUGCGCUUUCUGUUCACUUUGACACGCCCUUCACCGCUGGUCAUGAAGUGGUGAUACUUGACACAACUCCAUAUUCCCCUCCCACGCAUUGGAGGCAAACGGUUUUAUAUCUUUUUAACCCGCUUCGGAUGCGUGCGGGAGAGCGAGCCACCUUUCGCAUGAAAUGCAGCCCAAAUGCACUCAAUGGGCGAGAUCUUGACAUUUCACUUCAUGUUGACUUCGAAGGGGCACUUCAGAUUAGUCAUUAUGACCAGGAUUUUCGGCUGCGGUAG